AAUUAGAACGCCCUCUAGCGCAAUACUUGUAGUCUCAGCUGAAAGAAGCCUUUGCAAGAAUCCUCUAGAAAGUAGGCAAAGAAUCUCCGGUAUCAAAAUCAUUACGUGAAAAUUUGAUCCAAGUCCGACGUAAAACAAUACAGCUGACAAGAUGUGUGACCGCAAGGCGGUGAUUAAGAAUGCUGACAUGAGCGAGGAGAUGCAGCAGGAUGCUGUGGACUGCGCCACGCAAGCACUUGAGAAAUUCAACAUUGAAAAAGAUAUAGCAGCAUUUAUCAAGAAGGAGUUUGACAAGAAGUACAACCCAACGUGGCAUUGCAUCGUGGGUCGCAACUUCGGCUCCUACGUGACGCAUGAGACGCGUCACUUCAUCUACUUCUAUCUCGGCCAGGUUGCAAUACUUCUGUUCAAGAGCGGCUAAACUGUAACACUAAGCCCUAGUGUAAGCGAAAAGUCACUAUGUGACAUUGCAGUUACCAUCUCCCUAUUUCAGUACUAACAGAUAUAAAUUUUUAUACUCAAAAUAGGUAACGC